UCCAUUUAUUCAGGUCCUAUAUUUAAGACAGGUGUAUGGGAAGGGCCGCCCACUACUUCCUGUUUAUAUAGGGUCAUGAGGUCAAUGAUUGCAUCACUGGGUGUAACCAAAUGGAGGGUUUUUCAUUUUGUAUAGUAUUGUUUGUUUUCUUUAAAGUAGCCUUUUGAGUUAUAUUGUAUGCAGUGUUUUACUUUACAAACUAUUUAGUUGAGUAAAUGAGUUUGUCAGUUUCAUGCAUGACUUUAUUCCUGUUCUUUGUUUAGAAUUGUAUUAUUUGGUUUGACCUAUUUUGUUCAAUGGUAGGGACUAACGAGGUCAGGUGUGGGCAAAGUCUUGUAUAAAGCCAGUGGGAUUUUUGCAUGCCUGAUUGAUUGUUUUAUGGUAAAAGGGAGAUGCUAGCAAUAAAGUAUGCUUAAAAAGAACUUCAAUUGUCUGCUAAUGCUAUUUACUUAUCACCUUCCUUGCUGCUUAAGUUAUGCUACAUCACAAAUGGUGGCAGCAGUGGCUCCAGGCCAAUAGGUUAUAGCAAUGCAGAAAUCAGCCAAGUCAAGGAAACCUCAAGGGCCAACAGAUUUUCCCCCAGAGGAGGCCCAAGAUGAUGGCAACCUGCCAGAAGCUACGGGUGAGCACAGCACGGAAGCACAAAGUCUCUCAGAGCUCUCAACUUUAUUAAAAGGCCUGAUGCAACAGCAUGCUGACCGUGAGGCAAAAUGGGAGCAGGACAGACAACGCCAGGAUGAACGGUGGCAUAGAAUGCAACACCAGUUCAGCCAACUGCAGCAGGAGGUCCAGUCGGAGCGCCGGGAGCAUCAGAUGCUGUGGGAAGGUGCAGUAGCUGAUUCCGGAGUGCCUCUGAGUUCCUCAGUGCGGCAAAAGGUGCAGCAACCUGUUCAACAGCGAGGAAACCCCCCUGAAUCUUCCGCAGCACCACAUUCAUCCAAUCUGGGCAGAGUAAGCGGUUGGAAAGGCCCGAAGAUGCAGCCCUAUGGUGAGGAUGAAGAUAUUGAACAUUAUUUAACCACUUUUGAGAGGAUUGCAACAGGAUGUCAGUGGCCACAAGAAGAAUGGGCACUGCAUCUGGCUCCACUUCUUAGUGGUAAAGCACGUGCGGCAUAUGUUGCUAUGGACACUGAAGAAACAAUGGACUAUGAUAAGGUAAAAACCGCCGUUCUUGAAAAAUUUGAAAUAAGUGCUGAGACUUACCGAACCAGAUUCCGCAACAUGACGGUGAAGGACGAUGAGACACCCAAAGAGCUGCGAACCCGCCUUAAAGACCUAUAUGAAAAGUGGAUGCUUCCAAAGGAGAAGACAAAGGACCAAAUAGGAGAUGUCAUAGUGAUGGAACAGUUUCUCAGAGUUCUUAACCCAGAGCUGAGGACCUGGGUGAAAGAGCGCAACCCCACCACUUCAAAAGAAGCUGCAGAGAUGGCAGAGGCUUUUCUUGCAGCCCGACGCCCACAAAAAGGGUACAUGGUAGGAAAACCCAGUUCAGCCAAUGUUUUUGUGGGUAGGUCUGUCUGAAAUCCUUCAUUGCUUUUGAAGCCUUUUAAGGGUCAUCACUGUGUUUAUGUAGACAGUAAUGUCAUGAUAACUCUGACUGGUUUUUAAGAGUUUCAGAAAGGACAGAAUGAGACUGACAGGUGACUAUCAAUAAUUGAAUGCACUAGCAUGAGUAUAAGUGCACUUUCUUGGUAAUACAUUGCACACUUAAUAUUAAGAAGAAAGGAAAAAAACUGCUGUCAGCACAGUAUAAAGGUUAUGUUAACUAUGUAUCAUAUGACUGUGCAGUAUUGGUCAAGUUACUUGAAAAGAGUAAUUACUUAUUAAUUACCAAUUACUUCUACAAGAAAGUAAUCCUGUUACCUUACUGAUUACUUAUUUUCAAAAGUAAUUAGUUAAUUUAUCACCCAGUUACU